AUGGAUCUUCUCGUUCGCCGCUACGUGGCUCGUUUCGUGCAGGCUUAUAGUCUGCUGUGGACUUCGUAUACCAUACCAUACGCUCCCUCGAUCAUUCACAGCUCAUCUCAUCUCAGCUCGCGCCAUCUUGCAUCUCUAUCUCCUCAUCUAUCCUCGCCUGCGUUACUUAGGUCAUGGUAUGUCACUGUUUCUCCCACCCUUUUCGCUCGCUCUAGUGCUCCCGCCCGCCAUUCUUCAUCCCCUCGGUAG